CUCCAUUAUACACGAAUGCAAUACACUUGCUUCUUCGGGAUAGCGCAUGUGCAGGAGGGUGUGAGCGCGCACGGCUGCAAGCGGCUGAGGUUCCAGUGGACGAGUGUCUGGCUGCUACACACGUCAAGGGAUUCCCUCCAACAACUGGCAACAAUUGUGCCCAAGAAAGAGAUGGGCAAACGACUUCAGACUGUGGCCACAAUGGCCUGCAUGAAAACACUGCUGAUGGUCUUCAAUUUCGUCUUCUGGCUGACGGGGAUCGCCGUUCUAGCCGUGGGAAUAUGGAUGGUGGUGGAGCUCUACAAAUACAUGGAACUCUCUACCGAGUUCUCUGCAACUGCACCCUAUGUACUCAUAGGGACUGGUGCCCUCAUCAUCCUUGUGGGGUCCCUGGCCUGCUGUUGCACCGUCAAGGGACAGCCUGUGCUCCUCUACGUCUAUGGAGGCUUCCUGCUGGUGAUCUUCAUGCUGGAAAUAAGCGCCGGAGUGUCUGUCUACGUGUAUCGAGAGAAGCUCCUGGAAGGCUUUGACAAGGGACUCAGCCAAAGUAUUGCCACUUACACGACGGACCACGAGAAAGCCAGCGACUUCGACCUCAUGCAGUCCACGCUCCACUGCUGCGGCAACAAGAAGUACGAGGACUGGUUGAAUUCCUCCUACCACCGGGUGCCGCCGUCAUGCUGCAUUCACGAGGGGUGUAAAACGGACGAUCCAGAUGCCAUCUACAAGCAGGGUUGCUUCAACAAAGUGGUGGAGUUCUUGAACGGCAACAUAGGAUCGGUGGGCGGGUCAGCCUUGGGGGUAGCAUUCUUCCCCCUGGUGGGUGUGAUUCUGGCCUGCUGCCUGGCUAAGAACAUCAACAAGGCCAAGUACGAGCAGAUGGCAUGAGAGCAGCUGGACGCAGAACAGGACCACAGUCUGCCCUCCUUAGAUGACCUCUUCGCUCCUCCUCUACAAUGAUCAACUCGGAAAAUGUCUACAUCAAAGCGAGUGACUUUUCAAUAAUAUUAUAGUUUUUUUUGUCUUCUCCAGAAUCGAUACAUAUUAACAUAACUCUGCUGCGCUUUGAAUACUAAAAACAGCAACCAGUAUGAAUCUGUUAAUCAUUCUUAACCAUUAAACCAACCCUAAUUUGUC